AGAAUGCAGAGAAAGAACCUCACAGAGGUGACAGUAUUUGUUUUUCUGGGAUUCUCCAGAUUCCAUGAAUAUCAGAUCACUCUCUUUGCGAUUUUCCUUGUCUUGUACACAUUAACCUUGGCUGGCAAUGCCAUCAUCGUGACCAUCAUCCAUAUUGACCAUCACCUCCACACCCCCAUGUACUUCUUCCUGAGCAUGUUGGCUAGCUCAGAGACAGUGUACACACUGGUCAUCAUUCCACGGAUGCUCUCUGGCCUCAUAGCCCAGAAUCAUCCAAUCUCCCUAGCAGGUUGCACCACCCAAGUGUUCUUUGUUACCUUGGCUAUCAACAACUGUUUUUUGCUCACAGUGAUGGGGUAUGACCGCUGUGUGGCUAUCUGCAACCCCCUGAGAUACACGGUCAUCAUGAACAAGAGUAUAUGCGCCCAGCUGGUGUGUGGGGCCUUUGGCAUUGGCCCAGCCAUGGUAGCUGUCCAGGUGGCAUCCAUAUUCACUUUACCCUUUUGUCACAGGGUGGUCGGUCAUUUCUUCUGUGACAUCCUCCCCGUCAUGAAACUCUCCUGAAUUGAUACCACUAUCAAUGAGAUAACCAAUUUCGUUGUCAGUUUAUUUGUAAUCCUUGUCCCCAUGGGCCUGGUCUUCAUCUCCUAUGUCCUCAUCAUCUCCACCAUCCUCAAAAUUGCCUCAGCUGAGGGCCGGAAGAAGACAUUCGCCCCCUGUGCCUCCCACCUCACUGUGGUCAUCAUCCACUAUGGCGGUGCCUCUAUUGCCUACCUCAAGCCCAAGUCAGAAAAUUCUAUAGAACAAGAUCUCCUUCUCUCAGUGAUCUAUACCACCAUCACUCCUCUGCUGAACCCAGUUGUGUAUAGUCUUAGAAACAAGGAGGUCAAGGGUGCCCUAUGCAGAGCUUUGGGCAGAAAAAGUUUUAGAUACAUUGAUCUUCUUUAA